AUGGCUUCUUCAAUAUCCAUCUUCCUCCUCCCUCUCCUUCUCCUUCUCUCCCACGCUUCAGCUUCAACGGUAAUAUUCUACAACAAAUGCACGUACACAGUCUGGCCUGGGAUCCAACCUAGCUCCGGCCAAAUGCUUCUUGCCGGCGGCGGAUUUAAACUCUUGCCAAAGAGAUCUUACACCCUCAACCUUCCACCGCUUUGGUCCGGUCGCUUCUGGGGACGCCACGGUUGCUCCUUCGACAGAUCUGGCCGUGGUCGCUGCGUCACCGGAGACUGCGGUGGUUCUCUCCUCUGUAACGGAGCCGGCGGUGUACCUCCGGCUACACUCGCUGAGAUCACCCUCGGUCAUGAGCAAGACUUUUAUGACGUCAGUCUAGUUGAUGGAUAUAACUUGGCGAUGUCGAUAAUGCCGGUGAAAGGUACGGGGAGGUGCACCUACGCUGGUUGUGUGAGCGACCUGAACCGUAUGUGUCCGGUUGGUCUACAAGUCCGUUCACGUGACGGGAAACAGGUAGUAGCCUGUAAAAGCGCGUGUUCUGCCUUCAGUUCACCACAGUACUGUUGUACCGGCUUGUUCGGUAGCCCACAGUCGUGCAGGCCCACGGCUUACUCCAAGAUCUUCAAAGUGGCUUGCCCUAAGGCCUAUUCCUACGCCUACGAUGACCCAACUAGCAUUGCUACAUGCACUAAAGCUAAUUACGUCGUCACUUUUUGCCCCCACCGUGGCCGUUGA